AUGAUCGAGAUGAUGCCGGUCGAGGCGACCGGCCACCACUUCGAUGAGCACACCCACAGCAGUGGCGGCGAGGUGGGCCUCAACACCGAGGAUGUUUAUUGGCACGGGCACCCGCUGAGUGAGCAUGCGCACCUGCACCAUCGAGUUCCCCUGAUGCCCGCAUCGACGGCCGACUGGCCGGACCCGGACCAAGAUCACCCCCCGCCGGCGAGCCGGCGAUCGUCCGGAUCCUUCGGCGGCGGCGGCGGCGGCGGCGGCGGGCGCAAGUCCCUGGCCAUGUCAAUCUUGGAGCUGGGCGACGAUGUGUCUCGCCGAGCGCAGGCCGGUUGCCUCGAUCUCUGGCGCCACCCGACCAUGGUGACGCUGACGCUCCUCGGGGCGGUCCUGGGCAUCGGGGCCGGGGUGGCAGCCAACUGGCUGAUCCCGGCCGAGAGCUCCUGGCGCGAGGUGGCAGUUUUCACCCUCGCCGCGCCGGGGAUCGUCUUCUCCCGGGCCCUGCGUGCCCUGUCCAUGCCGAUGGUGGUCAUCGGUGUCGUGUGCAGCAUUAUCCAACUGCAACUGUACCAGCCCGGGUCCCGGGGCAAGCGCGCGCGCAGCAUCGCCGCCACGACGGCCGCCUGGUUCGCACUGACAACCGUCUGCGCGGGCAUCCUCGGGGCCGUGCUCGGGGCUCUGACCCUGACCAAUACCUCGGCUCAAUGCGAGUACGACGGGUCUCUCAGUGGCAGCCGCAAUGGCGAUGACUGGAACGGAGGGGACAUCUCCGGGGUCGACGCGCUGCGUUUCAUCCUGGAGGCUUCGGUCCCGGACAACAUGGUUGAGGCUGCUCUGAAUAUGAAUGGUCUUGGUUUGAUUGUGUGUUCGGUGGCCAUGGCCGUUGGAAUUGGCCAGCUGGGUGAUUUGACUGACGCCCUGAAGAACCUCUUCCUGGCCACGCGUAACCUCAUUGUCCAUAUCAUCAGCUGGGUCUUGGUCGCCACUCCGGUGGGCAUCUUUUCCCUGAUCGCCGGUCGAGUUGCCGAGGAUGGUGCCGUGCUCACGGAACACAUGACCGUCCUUGGGGCCUAUUUGGGCGUGCUGUUCGCCGGGCUGAUCCUCCACUCGGUGGUCUUGCUGCCGGCCUUGGCAUCGGUCUUCGGCCGGGUCAAUGCCUUCAAGCUGAUGUGGCCCGCGCGGACGGCCGUGCUGACGGCCCUCGGAACCGCCUCCCCGGCCGGCACCCUGCCGAACUCGAUCGCCGCCUGUACCAACGGGCCCGCUCAAUGUGCCGAAGAAACAGCCCGUUUCGUGUGUGGCGCCGGGUGCCUGCUGCAUCCGAAUGCCAUGGCCCUGUCUUCCGCCAUCGCGGCGGUCUUCGUCUCCAGUGUCUGCGGAAGUGAGGGUUCCCCGAGUGCGCUCCAACUGCUGGCCACCAUCGCCGCGGCCCCGCUGUCCGGUCUCGCUGCUGCCAGUAUUCCCGACUCCGGGGCCUUUGCCCUGGCGUUGGUGGUGGUGGCUGCCGGCGCUCCGCCGGAGGCGGCGAUGCUCGUGGUCCCGGUUGACUGGCUGCUGGUGCGGUUCCGUGUCGCGGUCAAUGUUUGGGCCGACAUCGUUGUAUGCGCAUGCGUGGACCGGCGAUUCCCGGAGGCCCCGCGCUUGGGUGCCGCCGCCGAGGCGGCCAUCCGGGCUAGCGGGACCGACGGGCUGUCCGAUCACCGGUCUUCGGUCGGAUCCAGUGUCGGCGGGGCCGGCGGCCCGAGCGGAGGCCCCUAUGGUGCCAGCGCCGGCGGCGGCCCGUAUGGCGGCAAUGCCGGUGGCGGCCUGGGCGCCUGGGCGGGCCCGGCGCCCGAGGCCUCGACCAGGGACCCCUCCUUCCAUUCGGGCGAUGAUCUGUCCCUGAAGGGAUCCGAGAGUGACAUGAACAUGGCUGUCGUGGCGCCGGUUCCACCGGCCUCCCACCAAACUGGCGACCGGCGCCCGUUGCUGGCAGCGGCUGACUCGCACGGGCCAGAUGGGCAGGCGCCCUUUGGCCUGGACUCGUUGGACAUGGACCAGCCGCCGUCCGCGCGUUUCUCCAUCUCCUCUCAGUGGUAGACCGCCCGGUGCUGGGGGAGACAUCGAUCGCCAUCACUCCGGUCUGCGCGCCUCGUGCGAUGGAGAGAGAGAGAGAGAGAGGGGGGGGGCAGGAGAAAGAAAACACACACCGAGGCACAAAGCAGCAGUAUGUAUGUAUAGACGCCUUUGAUCUGCCGCCUUGCUUUUCUUUUCUUCUUGGAGUUAUGUUCGGUCCCGCUUGGCGUGGCAGCCCGGGGUUUGAGAGCGCCAGAAACCUGCUCCUGCUUGGGCGCUCUCCCGCGCACGGCUCUGCCGAGCUCCCGAGAAGCAGGGGAAGCAAGCCACAGUGUCUUCGAGGAAGUGGUGUAUUCUUGGACAUGCACCUGCACACAUGUCCUCCAGGGGGCAGCUUGUGGGUGGAAAAGUGAGGUGAUAGGGGGCGG